AUGUUGAGCAUUACGUCGCCAGAAUCAAGCUGGCCCGGAGAACGCGAUGCUUCGAGGCGCGACGUGGAAGUGGCCAACGAGAUACCCGAGCCUGGCCUUCUCUCAGAUUUCAAGAGAGCCUUGCUGGCCAGCCCAGACGCGCUGGGCAUCAAUAGACUCAUGCAUAUGGAGUUGGGCAGUCGAGCUCCGCAACAAAAGCGAUUCACAUUUCCAGCUGCACUUCUAUCGCAUUUCCCUACGCUCCCCAGUCACACUGAUCUAGCUAACUUGAGGUUGGUGUUUUCAACAUUCUGUUCUGGCCACGUGUUGAUGAGUCGGAUGCCGCUUCCACCACCGUCGCGUGAAGCCAUCGCGCCGCCACUACGUCUAGCACAGGCAUGUCUUGGCUCCGUGUAUUCACGAAGGGGCAUGGAAGAGGCCCGUGAUCUAUUCCACGCGGGAGCGAACCUGUGGGCCGUCAUCCUUGAGGUCGAUAAUAGUGAAGCUCGCUCGAUCGAAAUGCUUGUUGCUUGUACAUUACUCAGCUGGUAUGGAGUGCUCUGCAGUGAUGCGGGCGUGCUCAGCCGGAGCGGGCUCCAAUUGAGCUCAAACACAACGAUUGCUCGUCGCAUGCGGUUGAAUGAUCCAUCUCAGCUGGAAGAAUUCCUCGGCCCACGAGUAUCAUCGUAUAGUGCGUCAGUGUGGUGCCUGUGGCUCUCAGAUAUCACUCAUAGUUUGCACACUGGUCUUGCAACCAACUUCUCCUCACGCGAACUUUGGACCAAGAUGCCGUCGUCACAGGUGGAAUUCCAGGACACGUACAAUAGUCUUCUCCACGAACAAGAUUACGAUGAUUAUCAAUCGAACCUUCCCACGGACUUGACCUCAGCAGAUGAUGCGGUGCUACUCCUUAUGGCUAUCAUCUCGGAUGCGAUAUAUCUUCGUCAAUCACUUGGAUGGCUGGUGCCAACAGACGAUACGAGACGUGGAAACAACCCCUUUGUGCCACUAACACCAAGUACUGAGCUCGCGCGAAUGCAAAAGUUGCUGUCGAAGGGGCUUGAUAGGUGGCAAAGCCAAUUCCAGGACUUGGUGUCAGCAGAUGUCAUGGCGUUUUAUCACUAUUGUAGGCUCUACAUUUCGUGUCCUGACCUACCUGCCCUUUCACCAUUGGCAGGCUAUCCCAGUCACUGCAGAAAUUCGGGUUUCCAGAGUAGGCCAAAUACCGGGAACAGGAUCAAGAUAUCUGACCAGGCUGUCCAGCAGGCAUGGCAAGUGCUCGAUCAUGCAGCGUCCCGUGCCAGGGCAGAUGAGCAGCUGUGCCCGCUAUGGCUUCCCAUUGUAGUCUUUCACGCUGGCCUAGUGAUAUGGGCAAGUCUUGGCCUGGUUGGUGCAGAGCAAAGUGAGAGGCACGGCAGCAAGCGGGCGCUGUUGGCAUUCAAAGUCGAACUCGAGGGAAUGCCUUGGCCAUGUUGUGCAGAGAUGGCUUCGGUGCUUGAGAGUCUCAUGACAAAUGUUUGA